AUGAAGAGUUACUACUAUAUAUUUUUUCUCUUUCUCUUUUUUCAGAUAAAUGCCAGCCGUUCCAAGCGGGAAAAGACCGGCAACAAACCAGAUCUAUUCGAUGUGGGUGGCCACAUUCCGUCAGUCUUUGGUGACCAUAACUCUCAGAAGAAUUUAAGGUCGUCUUCUAAUGGAAGGAGAGCUGAUGCCGAAGAAGGUCUCGUCAUGUUUAAGCGGACCUCCAUCAACCCGACGCCAAUGGGAAUAGAACCGAUGAGACAGACAUUACCGACAUACUCGGAAGCAGAAUACGCGAACAGUGAUAUAACAGAUAGCCUUCAAUCACUGUCUUCGGAGUCUUCGUCUGACAAUGAAGUUCGAACGGGAGUUACAAAGAGUUUCACCGUGUAUGCCGCGACCAGAUUUGAACACAAAGGAAUAAAUCCGCAGAAUUAUAUAUGCAUACCGUUGACCUCUCCGCUUUUGCAUCAUAAAGAAAAAAGCAUUCAGUUGGCCUCCUUAGCAUCAUGGGUUACCAUUCUAAGAAUCAUGGGAGAUCUGCCCGAUGCUGAUGAUUCCAACAUCGAAAUUAUCGGGCCAUGGUUAUCUAUCUCAGGCUGUUCAUAUUUCUCUCUCUCUCCUUAUCUAUCUAUCUAUCUAUCUAUCUAUCUAUCUAUCUAUCUAUCUAUCUCGGACUGUUCAUCGUUUUUUAUCUAUCUAUCUAUCUAUCUAUCUAUCUAUCUAUCUAUCUAUCUAUCUCGGACUGUUCAUCGCUUUUUUAUCUAUCUAUCUAUCUAUCUAUAUAUCUAUCUAUCUAUCUAUCUAUCUAUCUAUCUAUCUAUCUAUCUAUCUAUCUAUCUAUCUAUCUCGGACUGUUCAUCGCUUUUUUAUCUAUCUAUCUAUCUAUCUAUCUAUCUAUCUAUCUAUCUAUCUAUCUAUCUAUCUAUCUCGGACUGUUCAUCGCUUUUUUAUCUAUCUAUCUAUCUAUCUAUCUAUCUAUCUAUCUAUCUAUCUAUCUAUCUAUCUAUCUAUCCAAAUUUGGGCGAGAUUAAAUAUUUUUUCGAUAACAGCAAUCAUUCUUGUCCUCUGUUGGUGGUAUAUCUGCGAGAAAACUUCAAUAAGAAAUACACCAAAAAAGAUGUCGAUGACGCUGCUAAAAAGUAUUGUGAGAUGACCAAGAAUCCCAUGUGUGAUAUGAAAGAUGUGGCUUUUCUUCGAAACUAUCCGCAGACUAUUUUGGAAAAAAUCCAGUUCGUCUGCGGUCUUGGAAUGUAUAAAUCUGACAUCAGGGAUGAGCUGUACUGUCAAGUGAUGAAGCAACUGACGAAUAACCCAUCGCAAAACAGUGUGUCACGAGGAUGGAUUUUACUUUAUCUCAUGGUCGUAUCAUUCGUUCCAAACGAAACGUUCGUACCCUGUUUGUUGCAAUUCCUGCAAGAUUCCCAAACGGAAUUUUCACACAAAGUUGAACGAGGUCUUCGACGGACUUUCGCCAUGGGAACCAGAGGAUUUCCUCCAGGAUGGACUGAAUUUCAGGCAAUCAAGAACUACAAACCAAUCCUUAUUCCAGUUACGUUGAUGAAUGGACAAAGACUGCUGAUCCCAGCUGACUCAGCGACGACAGUUCAAGAAAUGUGCCAAGCCAUUGCAAGAAAAAUCGGCUUGAGAGAAACAGCUGGCUUCUCCCUUUAUGCGGCGAUCUAUAAAAGAAUCUCCUGUUUGGGCGAUGGCUUUCAUCGAAUCAUGGAUACAAUCACUGAAUGUGAACAGUACUCCAAACAGAUGUCCGUAAGAGAGAAUCAUUCUCCAUGGCGCCUCUACUUCCGGAAAGAAUAUUUCACUUCCUGGGAAGAAAGUUUCUCGGACCCAGUAGCUGUUGACCUCAUUUAUAGUCAAAUGAUGCGAGGUAUAUCCGUUUCGGAAUAUAAAAUCGAUGAAGAAAAUCUGAUUAAGUUUAGUGCCAUCAAAUUCAUGCUGGACUAUGAAGGCAACCAACGAGAGAAACUGGCCAACUUCAUUAAAACAUGGCUUCCUCAGGGAAGCCUCGAAGAAAAAGAUCUUAGCCAAUGGGCUGCGUUAAUUACAGACAAAAUACAAAAUGAUUUUGAAAAUGGCCCCGAGAGGAAUGCACAUUCCUACAAGGUGGAAGUUGCGAGUUAUGCAAAAGAACAUUUGUACAAUUCAUUCGCACGGUUCUAUGAUACUAAGUUAUUCACAGGGCCAGAUUCCUCUUGGUCAAAAAUAAUGGUUGUACUCCAUUGGAAAGGAUUGUCUGUUCUGAGUGAAGACGAAAUUCAGAAAAUUUUGAUUCCUUAUAUUGAAAUAGUAGACGUCAAGAAAGAUCGGGCAUCAGUGACAUUCACAGAUAUAAAAGGACAGAAUUACAUUGUGGAAUCAUCUCACCCGGAAGAUUUCUAUGCUUUACUGACAACCUUCAUUGAGAAACUUCGAUUCAACUCUGUCUACACUUUGUGCGUCAAAGACGAACAGAUCCCAGCAAUUGGUUCUACGCCGAAUGCCUUGACAAAAUUACAGAGAGGAGAUAUGGUAGUUUUGGAAAAGAAAUACAGAUAUUAUGAAGAGAAUGAUUUGAUAAACGGGCUUUGUCGAAGCACCAAUCAACGAGGAAAAGUACCUGCACACGUGAUUUAUCCUUUGCCAACAACUGAAUUACCGAAAACCAGCUUUUUGGGUAUGGUGCAAUUACAAUUAAAGAAAGAACAACGUUUACUGACGCCAGAACAUGUUGGUUUGCUCACAAGGCAUACGCUGGAGGAAUUUAGUAGAACCCAUUUUAAUACAAAUGAAAGCACGGUGACAAAAUUUCUUCACAAAGCUUCCUUCAAGCGCGACAGGAUGCAUGCAAUCUGGCAGCACAGCAGUGAAAUGAUUAAACGGCCACUCUGCAAAAGGAUGCAGUUCAGGGAAGAAUUAAAGCACUGUGCCUGCCAAAUAUUUCGAGCUAUAAUGAUGUAUAUGGGAGAUUUACCGAAAACUGAACCAAUUUCUGAUGCACUGUUGGCCAACGAAGAUAUUAUUGAACCGGCUGUCCGAAAUAAAUACCUAAGGGAAGAAAUAUUUUGUCAAAUUGUGAAGCAACUGACAGACAAUCCUAACGAACUCAGUGAAAAUAAAGGUUGGCAACUAUUAUGGCUGUUAACCGGAUGCGUUGCACCAGGAACAGAAGUUUACCGGGAAGUGGUCAGUUUCCUCAGAGGGAGUCGACAUCACUUAGCACAUUCCUGCUUGAAGAAGAUCCGAAAGAUAAAAGAAAAAGGUUGUCGACUUUACCCACCGCAUUUCCUGGAGUACCUGGCGUUAAGUGAACAGUCUGACCCAACGUUAAAAAUCGACAUCAUGUUCCCGGAUUCAUCUAACAUAACACUGGAAGUCGAUUCCGACACAAAGGUAUCGACAGUCUGCGAUGAACUCGUUCAAAGGAUGAAUCUAAUUUCUGGUGAAGGCUAUUCACUAUUUGUAAAAAUAAAGGAACGAUUGAUAUCACUUUUGGAAACAGACUAUUUGUUUGACUGUAUCAUCCACGCUGAGUGCUUCUGGUCUUCCAGUAUAACCGAUCAAAGAAGUCAGACUGGUGCGAUGAUGCCAAAAAUUGUUUUCAUGCGAAAACUAUGGACCCCAACUGAAGAGGAAGACCGAAUGGCAGAUAUAAUCUUUCAUUAUUACCAGGAAGUGCCAAACUUUCUUGUUGGUUUUCAUCAAUGUACUGUGCCGCAGGCUGUGAAACUGGCAGCUCUAAUCCACAUAGUUAACUCCGAGGGCCAAAGGAGACAAAUCCGAUCUUCUGAAGAUGUUUGUGUGCCGAGAGAUCUUCGAAACAAACUUUCUUUUGCUGACUGGAAAAGGGAAAUAGAUGCCACUCUUGAUAAUAUGGGUGAUAUGACUAUGGAAGCAGCGAAAAUACAAUAUAUUGAUAUUAUCAGCACUUUCCCCACCUUUGGGUCGUUAUUCUUUGAAGUGAAGCACCAAAAUAAUUCAUCAGAAUUUGAACAAGUCUACGUAGCUGUCAAUAAUACGGGACUUUCUAUUGUCGACCCUGCAACUAAGGAGUUUCUUUGCACAUUUGAUUAUUCCAAACUGCUGAAUUGGAUUCACGAAGAAGGAACAUUUACGCUUAUCACAGAGAAUGGCAAUGAACCAAUUAAAACAGUUUUCGAAUUAGAAAUGUUUCAGGGCCAACUUCUAGAUGACAUCAUUAUGUCAUAUGUUAUGUGGGGGAUGAACUCCAAGGUUCGUAACGUAAAGGGAUACUUGGGGACACUUAUUGGAGAAUCCACCUGCUGA